GGCACUGUUCAGCACUUCAUCAAAAACUAGGAGUCUCACUGCAUAGACUGUGUGAAGUAGCCGCGUAUAAUCAUUGUCAAUAAUUAUCGAUCAGUUUUUAUGCAAAAGCAAGGACGGGCUUGUAAAAAUGAUGUGGCAUUCAUACUAGGCGGUUUCACCAUGUUCACAGUUCACUGACCACACAUAAUACCCACUCCACACUUGAUUGCCAGACGGAUCGCCCUUUGCAUGCCUUGUGUCCAGAAACAGCACUCCCAAAUGAUUCGGCAGCGAAAACACGACGACGAAAAAGUGAAGCAAAAGCUCGGGAGCUCGCCAUCUCCGAAGCAGGGACUGGUGCCCCCUCCUCCAAAGGACUCUUCCCUGGCGUCUACCGCCGAGGCGGACGACACAAGAAGCAUGCACUACGUUAACAAUUCCCGUUCCAAGGCGCGGUUCCGGCAGUUUGGGCCACCGACCGGCCUUCUCAGUUGCGUGUUCAGGCUGAGACUGAUGCGGACGUUUCUCAUAUUGGUGGUAGCUGGUGUUUCUGGAUUCGUGGUCGGGCGAGCCCUCCACAGUGGAUUUGUCGCUGGACCGAGUGACGGCUUCGAGUUUGACGCACACAUGACACAGGCUGAUCGUGAACUCGGGGAUCCUCGGAAUGAAAAUCAUGCUAAGGUACAUGUACAUCAGGGGGGCUCACACCAGCAGUAUGCCAGUGCUAAUCAGCAUGAUCAAAGGGACACGAUGAGGGAGGCACCUCAGAAAACCCAGCAACAUAUGGAGGCCCCGAUCCAGCAGCCUUUAUUGGACAAAGCUCAUCAGCCCGGUGCAGGACAGGAAGACAGCCCGUUGAGCCCGGAGGAAGAACGCCACUUCCAGAAAGUAUACAACGAGCAUGCUGCCCGAAGGCAAAUGUGGCAAAAGGCAAUGGCGGAGAAGUUGGCAUUGCAGAAUAAUGCUCAGCAAAAUGCGGCCAAGCCACCCCAAGUGCAGCAAAACAUCAUGCAGCAACAGCCUCGGGUUGUCCAACAGCCGGUCAUCCCUCGUCAGGGGGCUCAGGCACCUGGGGCCAACACGGCCAACCAACCCUCUGGGCAGCAGUACGCCGACGGGGUCUUACGAGUCAACCAACCCAUGAUACAAGACGCUCCAAGCGAUGCUGAAAUCUAUCCCUACCACGUCAUCCAGACACUGACAAACACGCACAAAAUGCCCCAUCUGAAGACCCGAUUUAUCGAAUGCACAAAGUCCAUCCUGGCCAAGGCGUCCAUAAACCUGCACUUUUUUUUCGUUGUGGACGAGCCCAGUAAAACGUUUGUCCUGGAGACUUUGCAAGACAUCACCAACCAGCACAUUGCUAAAAGCAAAUUCCAAUUCCACUUCAUCGAAGUUGAUCAACUUGCGCAACAACUCGCUCCCGUAGUCUCCAUGCUUCAGGAGCGCGUCACCGGUGGCCACCCGUACUACCAAGAUGCCAUCUUCUUUCUCUCUGUGGCGAUCCAUCGCGGCAUCCUGCCCAGCUACGUCCGCCGCGUGGUCAUGCUGGACACCGACCUGAAGUUCAUGGCGGACAUCCGGGGUCUGUUUGACCGUUUUGACCUCUUCACCGGCGACAACAUCAUGGGCAUAGCCCGGGAGAUGCAGCCCGUCUACCGCCACCUCCUGUCGCUCUACCGCAGCCAGAACCAGGGGACCAAAGUGGGCGGACCGCCACCAGACGGCCUGACGGGCUUCAACAGCGGCGUGGUGCUGCUGGACCUCGAAAGGAUGCGGCGCAGCGCUGCGUACCGGUCCUUCGUCAAUGCCGAGAAGAUCCACGAGCUGACGGAGAAGUACCACUUCAAGGGCCACUUGGGGGACCAGGACUUCUUCACCUUGAUCAGCUUGGAGAAGCCUGACUUGUUCCACAUUCUGCCUUGCUCCUGGAACCGGCAACUCUGCGUUUGGUGGCGGGAUAAGGGAUACACUGAUGUGUUUGACCAGUACUUCAAAUGUGACGUGGCAAUUAAUAUCUACCACGGCAACUGCAAUACUCCAAUCCCUUUCUAGAAAAUACAUAUUAUUUACAGGUUGGCAUUAGGCCAGGACUCAUAACUCAUAAGGCCAAACAAAAAAAUAGCUGUGCGUCCGUUUACCCGACCCAACCUAGAAAAUCACACGAAACCUAUAUCUUU